UAAAUAUAGAGAUAGAAAGAGAAUACUCUCCUGGCAUUCAUCCUCCCUGUCCCCAUUUUCAGCACCCCAACACACAAAUUUUAUCCGUUUCUUGGUUCUCCGUCAACCGCCAAAUCUCUGAAAUUGAAAGUUUUUCUUCAUUCUUUCUCUCUCUCCCCGUCAGGUGAUGAUGUCCUAUAUAUGGCUUCAAACUGCCGAUGGUUCAAUACAACAAGUAGAACAAGAGGUUGCCAUGUUUUGCCCCUCGAUAUGUCAUGAAAUACAGACAGGCAUGGGAUCUUCAAAGAACUGUGCGAUAUCGCUUCCAUCACAAGUAAAUCCUGCAAUGUUGAGUUUGAUUUUGGAUUACUGCCGAUUUCACCAAGUACGAGGCCAUUCCAACAAGGAGCACAAGUCGUUUGAUGAGAAGUUUGUGCGAAUGGACACAAAAACGCUGUGUGAGUUGACAUCUGCCGCUGACAGUCUUCAAUUGAAGCCAUUGGUUGAUCUUACCAGUUGUGCCCUUGCACGAAUGAUUGAAGGGAAAACUCCUGAGGAGAUACGUGAGACAUUUCAUUUGCCUGACGAUCUAACAGAGGAAGAGAAACUAGAGCCUUUAAGAAAUAUUAGUGAUGAUCCUCGGAUUCGGCUUCUCAAUAGACUGUACGCAAGAAAGAGGAAGGAACUAAAAGAGAGAGACAGAUCGAAGAAUGUUGAAGUUGAAGAGGAGCUUGUGGACGAGCGUUCAGUUGAUGAUCUUUUGCUAUUUAUAAAUGGAGGAAAUGGAGCUUCUAAAGAUGUCAGAGCUUCUAAAAGUAAAAAGAAGAACCGUAAAAGAAAAGACCAACAAAAUUGUGCUCCUUCCAACUGCACUGAUAAGGAGUCAAAUGUUCUUAAUUCCAUGCGCCACAAUGCUAAGGCUCAUAGUCAUUUUCUGCCCAAUUUUGGCGAUGCACUAAAGCUACACAUUGAAGAUGACAGAUUUGCACCUGAGGGUGAUUUUGAUGAUGGUGUUGAUGAUCCAGUUUUGAGAGAAGAAAUCGACAGAGAGGUGGAGGAUUUUGCUCGCAGAUUAAAUUCGGACUGGCCUGAGAGGAUGCAAGAGAUUUUAUCUUUAGGCCAAGAAAGGAAGCGAGCGCCAAUGUCCACUGAUUGGAAUGGUUCUCUGAGGACAUAUGCAAGACUAGACCUGGUCCAGAAGUGAUCCAAUAAACAUGGAGACUUCCGUGAUCACUGGCUGCAAUGGAUUUGGCAAUAUGCUUCCAUAGUCGAGUUUUCGAUGGCAAGUAGAUUAGUUCGUAACGUCAUUGGUGUGGAUUACUGUAUAAGCAAGUUUUACUGAUUCUUUUUUUUUUUCUAAUUUAUUUUAACAUUGCUUUGUUACCCAAUUUUGAUGGGGGUGAGCUUUUGUAUUCUAACAGGAAUAAAUAAGGAAAGGAAGAGUUUCUAAAAGAGUCAUUGUGAGGCAAUAUUGGUGACUUCUUAUUAGUUUUGUG